AUGGACGGAGGACUCCUCUUUGUGUUGGCCAUCCUGACAGUCACGUCCGUCGUCGCGGCGGCCCUCGACGUGACGACGCUCUUCGGCAAGGCCAAUCUCGUGCGUUCCGGCGACGGCAGAAGCCUCAAGCUACUCCUCGACCGCUCCUCCGGUUCGGGAUUCAUAUCGACGGCCACGUACCACCACGGACUCUUCAGCGCCUCCAUCAAGUUGCCGCAGGGCUACACCGCCGGCGUCGUCGUCGCCUUCUACACAUCGAAUGGGGACGUGUUCGAGAAGACGCACGACGAGCUUGACUUCGAGUUCCUGGGCAACGUACAUGGCGAGAAAUGGAGGGUGCAGACCAACGUGUACGGCAAAGGCAGCACCGGGCGCGAGGAGCGCUACCUCCUUCCCUUCGACCCCGCCAAGGAGUUCCACCGCUACUCCAUCCUUUGGACCGCUCACAGUAUUAUCUUCUCCAUCGACGGCACACCGAUCCGGGAGGUCGGCAGAUGCGACGCCAUGAGCGGCGACUACCCGUCGAAACCCAUGUCGAUCUACGCCACGAUCUGGUAUGCGUCCGACUGGGCCACCUCCGGCGGCGGGUACAAGGUGGACUACGACCGCGCGCCCUUCGUACCGGAGUUCUCCGACCUCGCCCUCCUCCGCUGCCGCCUGGACCCUAUCCAGCAGGUCCCCGGCGCCGCCGCCAACUGCACCGCGAUGGCCGCAGUCAUGACGCCGAAGAAGCAGCGGGAGAUGCGCGCGUUCCGCCAGCGCUACAUGAGCUACUCGUUCUGCUACGACAAGCUGCGGUAUCCGGUGACGGUACCGGAUUGCAAUGUGGUGGAGUCUGAGAGGAGGAGGUUUGGCGAGACGGGACACCGGCGGCGGGUGAGGCACCGGAGACAGGCGGAUUAUGUGAGGAUGCUGUCGAUGGAGUAA